AUGAAAUGUAGUGGUCGAGUAGGUUAUUAUUUAAACUUAAAAAAAGAAUAUGGAGAACGUGCUGAGAUGCUACUAAAAAGGUUAGAAGAAGAUAAAAUGAUACAAGGUGGAUUUAUAACAAGUUUCAUACAAACAGAUUAUAUUAAUAUUACGAAAAUAUUAUUAUAUCUGAUGAAAUGUAAUAAAGUGAUAACAUGUUUUGACGGUUUAUAUGUAGAUAAGGAGUAUCAAAAAUAUUUUGUUUUAUAUGAAAAUGAUUUAUAUAAUAAUAUAUGUGAAGUAAAUAAGACAAAUCAUAUAAAUGAUGAAAAAAGUAAUAUAAUUAUGAAUAAUAAUAUUUUAUAUAAUAAUAUAACAAGUGAUGAUAAAAAUAAAAAAAAUAUACAUAAUGAUAUCACAAGAAAUGAAACAAGAAAUGUUGCACAGGAACAUAUAAAAAUUAUAAAUCAUAUUAAUUAUAAUAAUAACGAAGAAAAUGUUUUUUAUAAUAAUGUAGAUGAUAAAAAUAUUGAUUAUAAAAAAAUAAAUAUACAAGAAUCGGAGUUAUUGAAUAUAAACGAUAUAAUAAAAUAUGACGGAACUGUUGAAAAUGUAGAAAAAAUUAUAUAUUAUUUAAAUCCAUGUUCUAUAUUGUGUGCUUAUUUUCUUGAUAUCAAACAUAAUGAAAAUGUUUUAGAUAUGUGUGCUUCUCCAGGUGGCAAGUCUUUAUAUAUAGUUAAUAAAUUAUUUGGAUAUAAUAUAUCACCUUUGAACAGAAUAAAAAAUGUGGAAAUGAUAUAUGCUGACAUGAUAGAUAAAAAUAAAAAUAAUAAUAAUAAUAAUAAUGAUGAUAAUAAUAAUGAUAAUUUUCCUAAUAAUUAUCAUCAUAAUAUUUAUGAUGAGACUAAAAAGUUUGUUGUGCAAAUUGACUGCUGUAUGGAUGUACUGAAUUAUAAUAAAAUAAAUAGAGAGGGUUUUCUUGUAAUUAAUGAAUACAACAAAGUAAGAUAUGAACGCUUAAAAAAAGUAUUAAAUAAAUAUAUACCUAGCGAUUUAAUAAAUAGAUGUAGUAAUAUACAUGUAACAAAUUAUAAUGGUUUAAAUAUUAAUUCAUUUAUGAGAUUUCCAAAAUUUCAUAAAAUUUUAUUAGAUGUACCAUGUUCUACUGAUGAACAUAUAAUUAAACAAGGAACAAAGGAAUUAAAUAAAUGGUCUAUUAAUGUUAUUAAAAAUAAUUCAGAUAUACAAUUACAAUUACUUAUUAAUGCUUUCAAUUUAUUACAUACAGGUGGUGUUAUUAUCUAUUCGACAUGUGCUUUGUCAUAUCAUGAAAAUGAUUAUGUUAUAGAAAAAUUUCUUAAAAAAUAUAAAAACAAUAUACAAAUUAUAGAUUUUAUACAGGAAGAGUAUGAAAAGAAAAUAUCACAAUAUUUCUCAAAUUCUAUAAAUAAUAAAAAUAACCAUAAUCAUAAUAUAGAUAAUAAUAAUAAUAAUAAUAAUAAUAAUAAAUAUUAUAAAUAUAUAAAUCAUUGUAAGGAAAAUACUUUUUUUUUAAACUUCUUUGAAAAAACCACCUAUGGAUAUAUUUCUUUACCUGACCGAUCGCCCUUUGGUAUUUUGUAUAUAUGUAAAAUGAAAAAAAUUUAA